AUGGUCGCGCUUGCUCUGCUGGCCGGGCAAAUCUCGCUGGACGUGGUGUGCUACAACUCCGGCAUCAGCGCUUGCGCGAGCGCCUUCAGGUGGCAAGCGGCCGUGGCGCUGCUGGUUUCGGCCAUAGCCACCGCUCGCCCCGAUGUGGUGAGCUUCAACUCAGCCAUCAGCGCCGCAGACAAGGCGAGCCAGUGGCAAGAGGCGCUGGGCCUGCUGAAGGCGCUAGGAGAGUCGGGGCUCCUGCCGGAUGUGAUCAGCUACAAUGCAGCCAUCAGCGCCUGUGAGAAGGCCAGUCGCUGGCAGUUGGCCAUGUGUUUGUUUUGGUCUCUGCCGUGCGCUUCUUUGCCCUUCAGCGUGGUGAGCUACGGCGCGGCCCUGGCUGCGUGCCCACCCGGCGAGAGCCAGCUGCUGCUGCGGAUGAUGCGCUCAGCCAGGGUGCGGCCCAACCUGGUCCACUACGGCGCCGCGAUCAGCAGGAGCCAUUGGAGGAUGAGCAUUUGGCUGCUCGGGUGCAUGAGACUGGACCAACUCACUGCGGACGUGAUCACUCUCAACAGUGCAAUGUCUAGCUGCCAGGGGGAGAAGCAGUGGCAGACUUCACUGCUCCUGCAGAGCGAGCGGCCAUUAAGCACCUGCAGUCCUGCCACUUACAGCUCGGCAAUUGGCGCUUGUGACGCCUCCCACUGGUGGCUUGCGGCUGCCUUGUCAGCUAGGAUGCGUCAUGAGACUGUGGAGCCCAAUGCGUUGAGCUGUGCGGCGGUCAUGAGCUCUUGGGCAGAUGCUGCGAGGUGGGAAUCGGCCCUGUCGUGCACGGAGUUUGCGGGGCUGGCGCUUCACCUCGCCAGCUGCAACGCGGCCAUCACCUGCUGCCUGAAAGGUGGGCACUGGCAGCUGGGGCUGCGGAUCUUGCACAGCAUGCAGAAGGCACAGCUCAGCCCAGAUGUCGUCAGCUACACUGCUGUCAUGAGCGCUUGCCGCUUGCGCGGCAAGUGGCGCAGUGCCCUCGUUCUCGUGCAGAUCAUGGAGGAGAAAGCCGUGCUUCUGAACACCCUGAGCUACACUGCAGCCAUCGGCUGCCAGCCCUGGCGACUUGCGGUCCGGCUGGCCUUUGGUAGAGGACUCGAGGGACUCGAGGGACUCGAUGUGACGGGGUGGAGCGCCGCCAUGGGCAGCUGCCAGAGGGCCCACCGCUGGCUCGCCGCGCUGCGCCUCUUCGCCCGCGUCCCAAGCGCCGACGCCGCCGCCUUAGACGCUGCCGCGGCGGCGGCGUCCGGCGCCGCCGUCGCUUCGGUGCCGAAGUGGCUGGAGGCGGCUGGACGGGAGGGCACCAUGGCAGCCCGGGCGGCCGUAGGACUGCCAGGUGGCUGA